CCUCUGCAUAAUGUUCAUGGAUCAUUUGUUAUGUUUAUUUAUUUCAGAUUGUUGUUAUUUAUGAGAAUCAUGUUUAUUUAUUUCAGAUUGUUGUUAUUUCAUAUUGCUGUUGUUAUGAGAAUCAUGACUCAGAAACUUUUUGGGCAGACUUUUUGGGCAGCCACUGCUGCUAGUUUCAUAACAAUUCAGUGUUCGAAAUGUUACAUUUUUUUGACUUGGGGAUUAACAAAUCUAUAUUCAUUAAGCCCAAGACAUUUCACCUUACAGUACUAAUGCUUAAGCUGUGGAAUAAAGACAGAGUGGGGUAUACUAUACUAUAUGUUAGGCAUAUCAAGAGGAGACUGAAUAGCUCAAGCUUCUUGCUGAAUGGAAGAGAAAGAAAGGUGGAUUCAGAGCUACCAUGUUUGUUUUUGGAAACUUGGUGGCGGCUCAAGUUGCGACAGAAAUCGGUUGGAGCGAGUUUGCGAUUUCAAUGUUUUCACUAGGAAUGGUACAUUAUUUGCAGGCCAGGACUGUUCAAGAAAACUAUAAAAAGAAAGCUGCAAUAAAGAAGAUGGACAUGAAAGCAUCAAAAGAAUUUUUUGCCGAGCUUAAGGUGUUAACGCGUGUUCAUCACUUGAACUUGGUAAGGUUGAUUGGAUAUUGCAUUGAAGGUUGAUUGGAUAUUGCAUUGCCGGAAUGGACUUGUCUCUUACAAUAUUGAAAAAUGCACACACUGCUAGAGAACUAAAAUGCACGCCAAAAUUGGACUAUACUUUUGAAUUAGUAACUCCUGCAACUGCACAGCCUUGGUUUUUCACAAGUCUCACCGAUGUAUUGGACGUUGAUUCACAUGUAAUCUUUUCCAUCGAUCUUUUGUAUUUACUUUAAUCCACUUAAUCUAUU